GCAAAGGAUGAAAGACGAAAUUGCCGUCACAGUGUUUUUUAUCAUGCGCCUGGUGAAGAGGCACAACAAGCUGAGCAGGCAGCAGGUGGAGAUGUUUGCGUCCAAGCUGAUGACUAUCCUGGUUGAGAAGUACAAGAACCACUGGUAUCCUGACAACCCUUCAAAAGGGCAAGCCUAUAGGUGCAUCCGGAUUAACAGAUUCUCACCAACAGAUCCUUUACUGGUUCAGGCCUGCGCAGAGAGCUAUGUAGAUUUCAACAGCCUUGGUCUUCCAAAGGAGAUGACCAUCUGGGUUGACCCAUUCAAUGUAUCCUGCAGAUACGGGGAGAACAACCCGCCAUUCACAGUAGCUCAGUUUGAAGCAAAUGAAGAGGGCCACACCAUCUCCCAGCGCAUCAGGCAGGCGGUGGAUAAGGCCGCUGAAUCUGGAUCGAACCCUUCUUCUGACGAGGAAAGCUCCGUCUCGGAGCCCAAGAGCAUCCCAACUGUUAGUAACCCCAACAGCGUCUACCAGUGCGGUGAACCCUUCCAAGCUUGGUCCCAAUAUGCUCGCCGGAAAGCCCAGGCCCCCGACGGCAUCAUCCAGAAUCCUGCCAGCUCUUACUACUUUCAGUACAAGGCUUACAGGUCUUGCCGGCCGCUGGGCCCUUUCACUGGCCCACGCGUGGACCGGUACCACUGGGUUAAUGGCAACCGGUAA